AAUGGACGUCCGAAAUCGAAACAACGUCAGUGUCAUAUUUAGUUAACAUAUAAAAAAGCAACAAAAGCAACACCAAGGAUAUGUCAAGGAUAAACUCGAGUAGAUCGCUUACAAGGCGAUUCUUUCACCUGAAAUUGCUGCCUCUCACACACAUAGCCGUUAUUUUUAUAGCGCUGACAUCGUUGGUGCACAACACAAUCGGAUUUAGGACUACCAAUGGAGUUCCACGGAAAUUAUUUGGCGGUUAUCGCAUUACACCCAAACAAUGUCGAGCUACCAAAACGCUGCCGGUGACAGAUCCAAGGGCCAAUGGGCCCACGAUAUGCAUGUUCAAUCAUGAGUGUGCCCAACGCAAUGGCGAAGUGGUGGGUGCCUGUAUGGAUGGCUUCCUCUUUGGGGCAUGCUGCCAAGUGCCCAAGGCACAGCAGCCAGAGAGCACACUCCUAUACGACGCUCAAAAUGCCUACUAUCACCAGUAUCAGCAGAAUAAGAUACAACAGCAGGAGAACGAAACUAACAAAUUGGUGUCGCAGGCCUAUGAGAAUUUCGCUGAGAAUUCAGCGCAAGCCCAGUCUCACUCGCAGGAGAAUGGCUAUGGUACCGGCAAUCUUAGCGGGGACUAUCAUGCCAACGAUGAAAGUCAACAGUUGCAGGAUAUCUCCGAGCAGCCAAGUAGUUCGCAGGGUGAAAUCUCAACAGAGAAUACCCAAUCUAGUGCUAGCACCGAAGCUGACUCCAGCUCCAUGUCUAGUCUGGAAAAUCAAAACAAUGCGCAAAGUGAACCGCCCAAAAUGUCCAUGAACAAUGAAGCGGUUAAGGUCUCCCCCUCAUCAUCAUCAUCAUUAUCGUCGUCAGCAAGUCCUCAGGCUCCACAAAAUGAUGACUUUGUGUUGCAAGCCUUAAAUACCUUGCCACCGGAAGAUGAAGGCAACAAUCAGAUCUCGUUUACCACCGAAAUACCCACAAAGAUUGUCAACAGCCUGACGGAGCACAUCAGUUCAGAGUCUGAGUCAUUUGAGGAGGAUCAUGCGGCAUCGCCUGCUGCCCCUACGCCUACAGAAGCCACACAUCCUAUUCAGCAACAUCAAUCCGAUACGAAUGUGAAUGCUAUUGAGAACACCAAACAUCAGGCGGCGGACACGCAGUCACAGAGCACAAAUGCGGUCUACAACUCCGUAUCCUUCAGCCACAGUGAUAUAACGCAUCCUGGAGCCGAUACAGUUUUAGUGGAAAACGAAAAUGAUUUGCAAUUCUCCACAGGCUAUGGGCCACAACCGGUAAUUGUGCCGGCCCCCGACAAUCAAGAGAACAUCUACGAAGCCAGCAAACGGCCCACCAACCCAUACGAUGCCACAACUACCUCCUCAUCCAUUACAACUCAUGUGGACUCCAUCGAGACCAUCAUACAGCAAUUGAACAACAGCAGCCAUGGUCCGACUUACAAUCUCAUAAAUCCACAAUCGUCCACUUUUGCCUAUGAAAUUAUCAACGCCACCAACUCCCCGGCUCUGAACUACAAUCAGGAGCCAUCGACGGCCUACAAUGAAAUCGAACAGAAUGAGAAGCAGACUUCCACGCCCCUGUAUGGCUUUGCAACGGAAGAAGCGACAACAACCUCUUCCACCAGUGAUCAAUAUGCUGAUGAAUUGGUGUUGGAGGAUCAUACCAUGCCAGAGAGCAACUACAACGAUCAACAAGCUUCGGCACACCCCACUUCCGACUUUGACAAAAUGCCAGUCAUGGGCAUCGCAUAUCCCGUUGACAUGUCCAACAUUGACGACGACAGCUCCCAAUUGGGAGACAGCGACAAAAAUUCUGCAGGCUCUUAUGCGACAAUGGGUCAACAGCACAUCCAAUCCAAUACAAACACCAACAAACCCCAUCCCGUGGCUACAUACAUAGGUGUGGUUACCUCCCAAAACUAUGGCCAACCCCAAGCUCCACCAGUGCCGCACGAAGUUAUUGUGUCCUCACACACUACCAAAGUUGAGGGAAAUUUGGACUCGUCCGUCGAGUAUAGGCCCAUAACCACACACAAAAUAACCACAGCCAUGUAUCAACCCACCACGCAGAAACCGGUGAAGACUACACUCAGGCCAAAUUUGGUUACCAAGAGGCCUAAUAAUAAAAAACCACCCACCAGAAUCACCACCUCAACUACCAACGGCAACAAUAAAAUAGCCACGACCACCAGCCCCUAUGCGACUACACUAAUCGAAACGAAAACGCCAAUAACAGCUGAUUCACAGUAUAGCGGUGCAUCCAGUUCGAGCAGUGUCAGCUCUAACUAUCAUCAAGAACCGCAGUACUCGGGUUCAACGUCAAGGCCAAUCAUUACCCGCAAGCCCACCCGAAAGCAGACCUCAAAACCCUCCUCAACGAGUUACUUGACAGGACCGACAUCAGCUCGGCCCAUUUCAACUAUGGACUACAACUACGGUGGGCAACAGCAGGUGAUAGCCACUGAUGACAAAUUGGAUUCCUUUGUCCACAGCACCGCUGAAAGCCUAGCCUCCGCUGCUAAUACCCAGGAAUCACCGCUGUAUGAAAAUUCUCUAGUGAUACAAGCCGAUACGCCGGUGCCUGUGCUACGACCCCAGUCUCCCUACAAUACCCACAAGAAACCAGGAUUUGUUCAAAAGCCUGCAACCCAGCGACCAGCAGGCUUGCUCACUGCCAAGCCCUCAAAAUAUAAUACGAUGGCCAGUAGUACCACCUACACCAUGCAGCAGCAAACGACGCCAAGCGCCAUUUUAUCAGACUCCUAUCAGGAUACUGACACCAUGGCCACCAGACGACCAGGAUAUAUGGAAAGUUCUCCGGGAAGCGACUUCAUGGGCAUUACGACAGUCAUCUCAAACGAUUUUGACGAUCCGGGAUAUUAUGGCACUCCUGACCGUGUCCAAACCCCUCAACCAAUGCCACCGGUAUUUACCCAAUCGCCUAACGAAAAUGUAUACUCAGUGCCCGCUGACGACAAGCCAGCAUUCCCCGGUUAUUAUGGACCCACACCUACCUACCCCGCUUUCUCGGUGCCCGGUGAAAAAGUUGGCUCCCCGGCCGAAGAGGAAACCUUCACAUCACCCAAUGACUUUGUCAAUUUCCCUCCAGUAAGGAAUCCCAAUCUGAAUAUGUCCGCAGUUUCAAGUGCUGUCACCAGUGAUCUAGAAAUUGCCACUCCAGCCUUUGUGGAGGACACAAUUCUAAAGAACAAGAUGAACACCUUGGUGCACAAGAUCGUGGAGUCGCUGCAGGGCAACUUCGAGGCCUUAGCAGACUUUAUCGAUGAGAGCAAUAACACGGCUCCCGUCCACACUUAUCAGGCGCCUACCACAGUCUCCACAGAUGCCAGCAAAAAACCAACACGCAAACCUGUGAAAGCCUCCACAGUCAAGCCCAAGGCAACCACCAAAAAACCAGUAACCCGCAACACAACAAAGGCACCCACCAAAAAGACUCCUACCACGCGAAAACCCGAAGCCACAACCAAAAAACCCGUUGUCAGGCGUACAACCACCACCACCCGCAAACCGACAACACGAAAACCCACCCGCCGAAUCCCCACCACCAAGGCGCCCAUCAACGAUGAGUUGGUCGACGAAGAGGAUGAGGAGGAUGUGAAUCCCAGCGACAACGAAAUUCCCGUAGAGGAUGAAGCGCAGAACGGAGUGGGAGUAGGAGGCCGCAAAAUACAGUGCGGCGUCAGACCACACAUCAAGUCCGGCAGAAUUGUCGGUGGUAAAGGUGCUACCUUCGGAGCAUAUCCUUGGCAAGUCUUGGUCAGGGAAUCGACCUGGUUGGGACUCUUCACCAAGAACAAGUGUGGUGGUGUUCUUAUCACCAAUCGUUAUGUGAUAACAGCCGCCCACUGUCAACCAGGCUUUUUAGCCUCACUGGUAGCUGUUAUGGGUGAAUUCGAUAUUUCCGGAGACUUGGAAAGUAAACGAGCAGUCACGAAAAAUGUCAAGCGUGUCAUAGUUCAUCGUCAAUAUGAUCCAGCCACAUUCGAAAAUGACAUUGCUCUCCUCGAACUAGAAAGUCCUGUCCAGUUCGAUACCCAUAUCGUACCAAUUUGCAUGCCAUCGGAUACGGCUGAUUUCACUGGCCGCAUGGCCACCGUUACAGGCUGGGGCCGUUUGAAGUACGGUGGAGGAGUUCCUUCUGUUCUACAGGAAGUUCAAGUACCUGUCAUUGAGAACAGUGUCUGCCAGGAAAUGUUCAAUACUGGAGGACACAAUAAGAAAAUUCUCAACUCUUUCUUGUGUGCUGGUUAUGCUACAGGAUUAAAGGAUUCCUGUGAGGGUGACAGUGGCGGUCCUUUGGUUCUGCAGCGUCCCGAUGGUCGCUAUGAAUUAGCUGGCACUGUGUCCCAUGGUAUUAAGUGUGCUGCGCCGUAUCUGCCAGGAGUCUAUAUGCGCACCACAUACUACAAACCCUGGUUGAGAAGCAUAACUGGAGUGAAAUAGAAAUCCAAAUUUCCCCUCUUUCCGCAAUCCAAUUGUCUACCUGGUUUCGAGACAACGAGUGUGUUCCGAGUGAUCCGAACACAAGGGAGCAACCAUCUAAUUUUAAGGUGUUUGGUUUUAGUAAAACAAAAAAAAAAAAAACAAAAAUUCAUUAAAAAGGGGGCAUCAUCUACUUAAACUUAACUCUCGUACAUCUAAGUACUUAGCUCAUAAGUAGUCCACAUUUGUUUUGCAACACUAUAACACUACAUUUAUGGUUACGUAUUUAAUUAUUUAUUAUAUUUAAUAUUUAUUGAAGUUUGAACAGACGUCAAUGCAGUGUGUAUUUAUUUAUUU